AUGGGGUUCUUCGGCCUCAUCCUCAUCAUCGCCCUGCUAGGCGCAGGGCUCCUCUACCUAAACCUGGACCGGAUCGUCAAUUACGUAGCCCAGACCCUGGUCGACGCCUCCAAGAUGGAAAUCACAUCCAUUGAGAUCACAGGGUGCGACGAGACAGGCUUCACAAUCAGCCUCAGCGCGAGGAUCUACGACACUGGUCCCCUCGAGGCCACCAUCUCAGACAUGGUCCUCUCCAUGUUCGCCACCAAGUCAGGCAAGGAGUUCGCCAGGGUGCGGCUGCCCACCAUCAACGCGACGCCCGAGGGGACGGUGUGCGAGGUGUUUGAGCAGCGUGUCGAGAUCCUCGACUUCGACGCCUUCGACACCUUCAACAGGAACCUGCUGCUGCAGGGGGAGCUGCCCGCGUACGUGAGGGGAAGCGGCAAGCUCACCGUCCCCCGGCCGGUGCCGCUGAACACCGUGGUGCGGUACGACAAGGUGGAGGUGCUGCGGGGGCUCGACGGCGUGCAUAUCAGCGUGCUCGAGACCCGCAAGCCGUCGCGGUCGCUGCUCAAGGGGAAGCCCACCGAGAUCGAGGUCGACGUGUGUAUCGCCUCGGGCUCGCCGGUGGCCAUCCACAUGGGCCGGACGCAGGUGUCGAUUGUCUACUCGGGCAUGCAGAUAGCGACUGUGGAGGCGGACCUGUUCCUGAAGCCCGGGGACAACAAGGUCACCUUCACGGGGGCAAUGGACGUCUUGUCGAUCGGGAAGAACCUUGGGACAGGGCUCAAGUUCUUGCGCCAGGAUAUCGCUGGUGGUCAGGACACGACUGCGUUCGUCAAGGGGGCUAAGGGUGCCCAGUGCGAAUGGCUUGACAGGACGGUCCGGCAGAUGAACAGCAAGAUUGUGAUGGGUUCCACCAUGGCGGACCUGGUGAGGAGCAUAUCCAAGGUAGAGGAGGGUUCAUGA